GGAAUGGCGGGUGUUGCGGGCCGUUGGCACAAGCAUUGUUAUAAGAUCGGGUUCAACUCGCGCUCCAAGGAUACAGCUCAUUCUGUUCUAUACCAGGCUUCAAGUCCCUGUUAUACUAAGAGAUGGCCGGACUACUAAAGAAUGCAUAUCCUUGGAUCAAACUUCCGUUGAUCGUAUCGGCACCAAUGCUGAACGCCGCCACUCCGGCCCUUGCGGCUUCCGUGAGCCAGGCACGCGGUAUUGGAUUCCUAGCUGGUGGGACCAAACCUGCUGAGCUCGAUGAUCUUCUGGCUAGGACGACGGCCUUGUUCGAUUCAGCCUCACCACUUCGAAGAGGUCCUAACGACACACUACCUUUCGGUGUCGGCUUCCAGAACUGGGGAUGCAAACUCGAUGCCAUGAUACCGAUGUUCCGCAAGCAUCGCGUCGCUGCGAUCUGGCUCUUUGCUCCGAAACAUUUAUCUGACUUCGCUUCGUGGGCUCGGGAGAUUCGGGCUGUGAGCGAUGGAUAUACACAAGUCUGGAUUCAGGUUGGGACGGUAAUGGAAGCCUUGGAAGUAAUGAGGUUGGCUCGUCCUGACGUCCUGGUCGUACAAGGAACGGAUGCUGGAGGACACGGUCUACGCCAGUCUGCCAGCAUCAUCUCGUUACUACCGGAAACUAAGGAUGCGCUAGAAGCUAUUGGUUUCCACAAUGUGCCAGUAUUGGCUGCCGGCGGUAUCGUCGAGGCAAGAGGGGUCGCGGCUGCGCUCUCUCUGGGUGCUGAUGGCGUGGUUAUGGGCACGAGGUUCCUUGCCGCCGAGGAAGCUGGGAUCGCAAAGGGCUGGCAAAAUGAGAUUAUCAGAGUUGGUGACGGUGGUGCCACUACCAAAAGAUCAACUCUCUGCGACCGUUUGAAGGAGACUGUUGGGUGGCCAGAACACUACGACGGAAGGGCUGUGACCAACAAAGGACAUUUGGACGAAGAGGGAGGACUGUCAGAUGCUGAGAAUGUACGUAUGUACAAGGAAGAACUCAAGCAAGGUGACGAGGCUUGGGGUGAUCACGGCAGAAUGGUGACCUACGCGGGCACUGGUGUAGGGCUCAUCAAACAACGCAGACCCGCCGCUGAUAUCGUGGAGGAAACGUCUACGGGUGCUCUGAACAUAUUACAGCGAUAUGCACGCAUGGCGAACUCCAAACUCUGAUAUCAUCAGCGGUGUCUGUAUCAAGAAGACCCUGUGAAAAAUCUACGAUUUUGUCAUAUCCCUCUGCGAGCUUCGGUCCAGCAUCCGCCCCCC